UAAUUAGAUGUUUUAUUGCUUAAAAAGGAAGAAACACCCGCGAUCAAUAUUUUCAAAAGAUUAGUUGUGUUUUAUGCUCAGCAACAGGUUGUUGUAAACAUGCGUCAAUUCCUAUACAUGGCGUUGCUGGUGGCAGCGGCGGUAGCUGAUAAAGAUCAACAACCAGCUGAGGCCGCCAAUCCGCCCUUUACGAGUCUUUACGAGCUACCACUGGACGACCAUCUGGACGACUACCGUCAUGACGAGCUGCCGGGACCUCAUGUACUGCGUUCCAUACAUACUAGAAAGAUCGCUGAGCCCGAUGACCAUGGACCGGAAGUUAAGAAACAAAAUGUUAUCAUCCGAAAGACUUAUGACCCCGAUUACUACGAGCCUACAAUCAUUCUGGACUACAGAUACAUGAAGACCGGAGGCCGAGACUACAUGAGGGGCCCCGGAGGCCAAUACGUGAUCUUACCCAAAGGCAUCCGUACGAAAGAGCAUAAAGAAUUCGAGAACUAUGACGCCUUCUUAGAGCACUUACGUCUCAAAAAUUUAGCUGAGACAGAAUACAAGCGUGCUCACUACAGCGAAGCACAUAAAUAAUUCUCGUCAUUGUAACGUUUAAACUAAAGUCAAUUAUUAUCUCUUGUAAAAUAGAAAUUUUUCUUGUAAUAUCGCCCUCUAUUACAAAUUAGAGUCAUUAUGACCUUUUUUUUUGUUUACGGCUGUUCUAAACAAUGAAUUAGUGCUAAUUUAAAUAUAGCGUUUGUAAUAUCUUGUUUUGCUUUUCUAAAUUAUUUUUAUAACCUCCAGAAUUCUGUAAUGAAAUUUGUUUCAUGAUUUAUACUAUUACAAUUGUCUUUUUCUUGUAAUAAAGUUCCUUUUAACCUUUUA